AUGUUGACCUCCCCCAACAGCUCGACCUCCAGUGUCUCCUCUGAGCCUCGCUCACCCCAUCAACAACCUACCCGCCGAUCCCCCAUGCCCAUCAAAUACCCCCGGUUUUACUCCUCCCCGGUGGACGAGGAUACCAACUCAACCCCUCUACAAAUGUACGGCCUCGAGCAACGAGAGCCUUCCAUCUACGGCAAACCACCCAAGCUCCUCCGACGAGUCUCCCAUGCCCUCGGCGAUAUUCGGGAAGACCUGUCUCUAGACACGGAGAAGCUCAAGCGCCGCUCAACUAUCUUGUUUGAUCCCAUCUCUCCACGAGAGAUUCCCGUCACAUCCCAUGGCCCGCCUCGUUCACGACCUAUGUCCAUCAUCUCCUUCGACAAUUGGUCCGGCCCGACACGGGGAAUGAGCCAGCGCAUCUCUCGCCGUCUGUCGGUGUUCUCAUCCCGCGGCAAACCCACCAGUUCCAAGGGUGCGAGCAUCUCCUCGCCUAAUCUGAUCGGUUCUUCGACCGAAUACGGCAAUCGCAGCCAGAAUUCUUUCAUUUAG